CCAUUUCUCUUGUGCCGAGGGUAAGUCAGUUGAACUAUUUGUGCCUCACUUCGGCCCACCGAACGCUUGUCUUUCUAAUUCCUUUUGUCUGUUUCGUUCUGUUUCGCGCUAUCAACACUGAUUUUGAUAGAUACCGGUUGGAGGUUUGAACAAGAUGGGAAAGCAUUUUUCUGUGACUCAUGCCGAGUCUCGACUGUGAAACGAUGCGAUCGAAUUUCCACGAAAUUUUAUUCCAUGAAAACCAACAUCGACCUAAUUUCUUUGGCUUGUCAGUUGUGCAGAAUGCCGGAAAACGAUAUGCUCGGUGAACUUCUUGCCUUCCAGCAACAAGGGGGAAUGCAGCAAAAACGACAGGUACGGAUGUGCUGCGUUCAUUUGAAUUGCGUGAAGCACACAAACAUAGUCGACACCUCCGAGUCACAAAACGCCCGAAUGAACCACGAAUAUAGGAACGUCUUUGAAGUUCUCGACCAUUCCAAGAUUUGUAGCAGCUGCAGUAAUACGGGUGCAUCCAUCCGCUGUUCCGCCGACAAUUGCGACCAGAUCUUCCAUUAUCAUUGCGCUAUCGGAGACGCCGGUUGGGAUUUUGAACGAAAGGGGAGGAAAAAAUUUUAUUGCAAGGCUCACCGAAACAUUACGAAUACGAAGCACGCGAAUGGAGCAGAAACGAGUCUUCCUCGUACUCUUGCCGCCACAAUGCAUGGCGAAACCGGAGGAGAGGAGGAAGCAGCAACAAAGGGAAAUAGCGGCAACGCCGGAGGAGGUUUGGCGUUUCACCACAAUCUUUUUUCUACGUUUGGAGGAACAUCCAAAAGUCUAACCCAUUUGAAAACAAGCGUUCCGGGCAACCUAGAUAUGAGUGGAGCUGUCCACUCUCCACAAAGCCAAAGUUCCCCACCAAAGAUUGGAAACAGCACUCACAAGACCGCUGCAACGACGGUUGACAUCUCGGAUGACGAGAGUUCCUAUGCUGAUGACGACGACGACAGUUUUGUGCUGGAGCCAGAAGACAAUGGCGAAGGGCUGGAGGUAGUGGACCUUCCUUUGUCUCAAAAUGUUUCUGGAUCGACACAACCGAUCCGCCUCGAGCGGUCCUCUCGCGAAGAAUUUUGGAACGUUUCGCUCAAGGUAUUGAAAACGAACGAUGGUUUUGUGGUCAUGGUCGCCUCCAGUGGAAACGAUCUACCGAGGAACGACGACGCGUUCUCGCUCCAAGCCAACGAUAUCAUAGUCUCCCUCAAUGGAUCGAAGGUCGGCUCGCGUGGUCUGGAGACACUCCGUGAAAUUUUGCUCCGAUUGAAACAAGAGGUUGACCUGAUGCUCGAGAUCGUUCGUAACAAGGGAUAACAAAAAACUUUUCGUUUUUUUUGGUAAUGGGUAUUUUAAACUCGAAUAGAACAUCGCUUUACUA